UCCAGUGCUUGAUUUUUUUCACGUCCCCUCAACAAGCGCGCUAAAAUUAAUCGUUUUUCGUAUUAUUUUUUUCCAUUUAUAAACUCUCUCCAGCGGGUAUCUUUGUCGGUUAGGUUAGUAGUGAUGUUUCGAUGGCCGACACAAUAAAUGUAGACAAUGAAGGAGACGAUCUGCACUCACAAAUGGAGGAGGUGGAGGCGCUGUCGUCCAUCUACGGUGACGAAUGGUGCGUCAUCGACGAGGUGUCCAGAAUAUUUUGCAUCAAAAUAUCAAACGACACGGGGGAGAAUAAACUGACGGCGUGCUUGCAGAUACUUCUCCCGCCUGAUUAUCCCAGCAAGGCCCCGCCAAUCUACCAGAUCAAUGCCGCGUGGCUGCGUGGCUCUGAGAGGGUUCGGUUGGCCAACAGCCUGGAAGACCUUUACGUGGAGCACAUGGGCGAGAGCAUUCUCUACAUGUGGGUGGAAAAGAUGAGGGAAUUCCUGCUCGAAAAAGCCCAAGACUCAGCAACAGUGGAGCAGUCAGAGAAGGUGACCCUCACGGCGGAGGAGGAUGCGGACGACCAAGACGUGCCGGACUUCGCGCGCCUCACGCUGAGCGCGGAAGAGGCGCAACAUUUCCUAGAGCACGCGAACGGUGAAGAAGUGCCUCCGAUCAAACACGGCAGCUGCAUCACGGACCGCCGCAGCACCUUCCAGCCUCACCUGGCCCCGGUGGUGGCGCCGAGACAGGUCAAAGUCGUGCUGGAGAAGUUGUACGACAACAAGAAGAUCGCCAGCGCCACUCACAACAUUUACGCGUACAGGAUCUACUGCGAGGACAAGAACAGCUUCCUGCAGGACUGCGAGGACGACGGCGAGACGGCGGCAGGUGGCAGGUUGCUCCAUUUGCUGCAGAUUCUGGACGUGCGCAACGUGCUGGUGGUGGUGUCCCGGUGGUACGGUGGGAUUCUGCUGGGCCCUGACCGCUUCAAACACAUCAACAACUGCGCUCGAAGCAUUUUGGUGGAAGAGGGAUACGCCGCCUCAUCUGAUGAUGUCGCCAAAUCGGCGGGGAAAGCAAAACGGUUAAAAGGCAAGAAGACGAAAUGAAAGAAAAAGAAAAAGAGCUCCGUCGUUUCCAUUUGAACAGACGGUUUUUGAUUAUGAAUAAAUGUAGGUGUGGAUGAAAUUUAUGCAGUCAUAAUUAAGAGAUUAAAGUCUUAUAUUUCAUCAAGAAAUUGUUUUGGGGUUUUUUUGCUCACCAAAAUGCCCCAAAAAAAAAUUUACAAAAAAAAAAAAUCAUUUUACUUAUCCUGCGACCCUUUUGAGGAUAAGCAGUGAAAAAAAGUAAUGGAUGGAUGGAUGAUUUUAUUUAUUUAUUCAAAUUGGUUUAGUAAAGUUAUGAAAAUUAAGCAUUUUUUUUUAAUGGUGAAAGCUUAAUUUUUCAAUAGGAAAAGGCAUUUUUGGAGCGUUAAUUAUUAUAUAAUUGUAU